UCCGCGACGACGAGUCGCUGCGGCCUCGCCGGCGACGACUAGGUCUCCGGCGCCCGCCUCCCACUGGCAGCGCCCCCGUCCCGCCCGCCGGGACGGGCCUCUGCCUGCCUCCCCCUUCCACAUCGCUCGUUCUCUCGGUUCCCCGGUACCGGCAUUCUCCCGACUCCCCGGGCCGCCUCCAUUCCGGCUCUUCGCCGCGUGCCUCUCUUCUCCGAGCACACCGAGCCGCCGCCUCCUUCCUCCUCUGAUGGCUGGCGAUUCCCGAAAUGAGCCGAUGCAAUCCGAGGAAGGGAGUAACGAAUCGAGCUAUGUUCUCUGUGUUAUUGAUGCAUUGAAGAAGAAAAUCACAUCAGACCGCUUUCUUUACAUCAAGAAAAGGAUAGAGGAUAAUAGCAUUAAGCUCAGCCCAAUUAUACAGCACUCUCACAGUUUGUCGAAAAAUAGGCAAACUAGUACAUCCAACAGUACAGAUUUAGUUUUGAAUUUGCUCACAAAGAGGCAAGAAGAUGCCCUGUGUGCUGUAAAUAGUCGUGAGUCAUCUCCUGAUGAAGAUGAAGGCGGCAAUUCUCAAGAUGAGUGUUCAUCGACCGUUAUUGUGGGUGGGAACCUAUCCACAAAGAAUGCUAUCCGUCCGAUUAGAUUACCAGAAGUGUCAACACUCCCUCCAUAUACAACUUGGAUAUUUCUGGACAGGAACCAGCGGAUGCAAGAAGACCAAUCUGUACUUGGUCGUCGAAGGAUUUACUAUGAUACAAACUGUGGCGAAGCUUUAAUUUGCAGUGACAGUGAAGAUGAAGCUGUUGAUGACGAGGAAGAGAAAAAGGAGUUCAAGGAUUCCGAAGAUCGCAUAAUUCGGAUGACCAUUCAAGAAUGUGGCAUGUCUGAUGCUGUGCUUGAAACUCUAGCUCGAGAUAUCGAAAGGGCUCCUGAUGAUAUAAAGGCCAGGUAUGAGAUCCUAGAAGGGGAGAAACCUGAGGGUUCUUUCAAGAAAGUGUCUGAACUUAAUGUCAAAAUGGAAGACAUGUAUGGUGAUAAAGAUCUGGAUGCAGCAUUGGAUUCCUUUGACAAUCUCUUUUGUCGCCGAUGUUUAGUUUUUGAUUGCAAGCUACAUGGGUGUUCGCAAGAUUUAGUGUUUCCGACAGAAAAGCAGCUACCAUUGUGCAGCUCGGAUGAUGGUACACCAUGUGGUAUUCACUGUUACAAAGUGGCCUCUAAGCCAGAUGUUGUCAUGAUGAUGCUUGUUGAUAUCGAGGAGCCAACUCACUCACCAGAGAAUGCAAGGAACCAGAUAGGGUCAAAUAAAAAAAAGCUUGGUUCUAGUGGACAGAAAGCAAAAUCUCAACAAAGUGAAAGUUCUUCAACUGCAAGGGUUUCCUCAGAAAGCAGCGAGUCUGAAGUACAAUUGUUAAGCAAUAAAUCCCCGCAACACUCUCCUGGCCUCUCAAAAAAUAAGAUUGGCACAAAAGGUGGAAUCAAGAAAAGUACUAACAGAAGAAUUGCUGAGAGAAUUCUAAUGAGUGUGAAAAAGGGACAACAGGAAAUGGCAGCAGACUCAAAUUCUAUUAUUAAUGGAUGCCUUUGGCCUAGGGAUAUGAAGCUUAGAUCUGAUACUAGGAGUGGAAUUAAGGAUUCCAUUACAUCCUCGCAAUAUACUUCUCCAAGCACAAGAAGUUCUAGAAAGAAGGGUGUGCUUCAAAUGGAGAAUAGCUCAUCUUUUGUGGAUGCUCAGAGUGAUUCAAUGGAGGAUACAAAUAAUGAACAUUCAGCAACAGAUGGUGAUAGUUCAAGGAUAGAGGAAUUUGUUGAUGAGAACGUACGUAGCCAAGAAGCUCAUGCCAGGUCCUGGAAGCUGAUUGAGCAAGGGCUUCUAUUGAAAGGAUUAGAGAUUUUUGGAAGGAACAGUUGUUUAAUUGCUCGGAACCUUCUGGGUGGGAUGAAAACAUGCACAGAUGUUUUUCAGUAUAUGAAUUACAUUGAAAACAGCAGUGCAUCUGGAGCUCUUAGUGGUGUUGAUUCUCUUGUUAAAGGAUAUAUAAAGGGUAAUGAAUCACGCACACGAUCAAGAUUUGUCAGAAGGCGAGGACGAGUCCGCCGUUUAAAGUACACCUGGAAAACUGCAGGCUACCAUUUUAUUAGGAAAAGGAUUACAGAAAGGAAGGAUCAACCUUGUCGACAAUACACUCCUUGUGGUUGUCAGUCUGCAUGCGGGAAGCAAUGUCCGUGUCUCACAAAUGGUACCUGCUGUGAGAAAUACUGUGGGUGCCCCAAAAUGUGCAAGAAUCGCUUCCGAGGUUGCCAUUGUGCUAAGAGUCAGUGUCGCAGCCGUCAGUGUCCAUGCUUUGCUGCUGACAGGGAAUGUGAUCCUGACGUGUGUAGAAACUGCUGGGUAGGGUGCGGUGAUGGUACAUUGGGGGUUCCCAACCAAAGAGGUGAUAAUUAUGAAUGCCGGAACAUGAAACUGCUGCUUAAACAGCAACAAAGGGUCUUACUUGGGAGAUCUGAUGUUUCUGGCUGGGGAGCUUUCCUGAAGAAUAGUGUUGGCAAGCAUGAGUAUCUUGGCGAGUACACUGGGGAGCUUAUCUCCCAUAAGGAAGCUGACAAGCGUGGAAAGAUCUAUGACCGUGAGAAUUCGUCGUUCCUUUUCAACUUGAAUAAUGAGUACGUUCUUGACGCGUACAGAAUGGGCGACAAGCUGAAGUUUGCCAACCAUUCCCCGGACCCAAACUGCUACGCCAAGGUCAUCAUGGUAGCAGGCGACCACAGGGUGGGCAUCUUCGCCAAAGAGCGGAUCAGCGCCGGCGAGGAGCUGUUCUACGACUAUCGCUACGAGCCCGACCGGGCCCCGGCAUGGGCUCGCAAGCCCGAGGCGGCCGGUGCCAAGGACGACGCCCAGCCUUCUACUGGGAGAGCAAAGAAGCUCGCUCACUGAUGAUGAUGAUGAAAAGAAAGAAAGGUAGAGAGAGAGACCAUCAGCUGUUGAUUCUUUUGUUGUAUUUUGGCUGAUUCUUUCGUUGUUGCUGAGGGCGGACCGAGAGCUCCGACGGUGAUUAGCGCCGUCAGGAAAAGAACAACAUUCCUGCCAUUCGUGGCCCCCCUGAUUUGAUUCGAUUCGUUUGAUUUGCCACGCAUGUUGUGACUUGAGCACCCCUGGAAACUUAAAGAAUGGUUUAUCUCUGUGUUUUUACCUUUCGAAA